AUGAUACCCAAUCAAGUCCUGCUCCUCCUGAUGCUCUCUAUCCUGUGGCCCAGCACUGCCCUGCCUUUCACACCUGGGAAUAUUGGGAAUCUGUUUGGGAUGGCAGAGAGUGAUGGGAGGAUUCUUCAGCGGUCCAAACGUGGAUGGAUGUGGAAUCAAUUCUUUCUGCUCGAGGAAUACACAGGAAAUGACCAUCAAUAUGUCGGCAAGCUGCACUCCAACAUGGACAAAGGUGACGGCAACGUGAAGUACGUCCUGACUGGAGACGGAGCAGGCACCCUGUUCCUGAUCGAUGAGAAGUCUGGGGAUAUUCACGCCACCAAGAGGUUGGACAGGGAAGAGAAAGCUAUGUACACACUCCAUGCCAAGGUUCUGGAUAGAAACACCAAUGCAGAGCUGGAGCCAGACACUGAAUUCAAUAUAAAAAUUCAUGACAUCAAUGACAAUGCGCCAAAGUUUGCGAAGGACAUCUACUUCGCCAGUGUCCCUGAAAUGUCUGAAGUUGGUACAUCUGUUGUCACUGUUACUGCCACUGAUGCUGAUGAUCAAACGUAUGGGAACAGUGCCAAGCUUGUAUAUAGCAUUCUACAGGGACAACCGUAUUUCUCUGUGGAUUCUGAAAACGGCACCAUCAAAACAGCCCUCCCUGGCAUGGACAGAGAAGUCAAGGAAAACUACCAGGUUGUGAUCCAAGCUAAAGACAUGGCUGGACAGAUGGGUGGGCUUUCAGGGACCACCACAGUCAGCAUCACGCUCUCUGACGUGAACGACAGCCCACCACGCUUCGCUAACCAUUCCUUUCGCGUGACCGCUGUGGAGUCGACAGAGGUCGGAGGCGCUAUUGGCCGUAUUAAGGCUGAUGAUCCAGACGUUGGUCGCAAUGCUGAGAUGGAGUACAGUAUUGUCGGUGGUCAUGACAUAUUCAACAUUAUCACUGAUCAAACCACACAAGAGGGAGUCAUCAUAAUUAAAAAGGCACUGGAUUAUGAAAGUAAGAGGGACUACGAGUUCAGAGUGGAGGUGAAAAAUACCUACUUAGAUGCCAGGUUCAUCCACGGUCUGCAAUUCAAAGACUACGCCACGGUCAAAGUAACAGUGGAGGAUGUGGAUGAGCCCCCUGUUUUCACCAGGAACCCUUACAUCAUCGAGGUGCACGAGGACACAGCUGCUGGCAGCUUCGUCGGCGUGGUGUCGGCCAGGGACCCUGACGCUGACAGCAAGCCAGUCAAAUACUCCAUUGAUCGGCAUACAGAUCUAGAGAGGUUGUUCAACAUUGACUCUGUGAAUGGCACCAUCACAACACUGAAAGCACUGGACAGAGAAAUAUCCAAAUGGCACAACAUCUCUGUGGUGGCCACUGAAAUAAAUAAUCCACGUCAGACAACUCGAGUGCCUGUGUUCAUCAAGGUGUUAGAUGUCAAUGACAACGCCCCUGAGUUCGCAAUGUCCUACGACACAUUUGUCUGCGAGAACGUCAAAGCAGGACAGCUGAUUCAGACAAUAAGUGCUGUUGACACCGACGAACCUCUCGUUGGACACAAGUUUGUCUUUAGUAUAAGUGCCACCAACCCAAACUUCACCAUCAUUGACAGGGAAGGUAAGAUCUGCUUUUUUUUUCCGAAUCGUCAAACAAAUGUAAAUGCUUCUCUCUGCGUUUCCCAUUUGCAUCUUUCCACAGAUAACACUGCCAAUAUCCUGACGCAGAGGGGAGGUUUCAGUCGACGUGAGAUGAGCAUGUACUUCCUGCCUAUAGUCAUCUCAGACAAUGACUACCCCAUUCAGAGCAGCACCAGCACACUAAUUGUGCGCGUGUGCGCUUGUGAUAGCCGUGGCAACAUGCAGACAUGUAACCCCGAGGUGCUGCCCUUCUCAGAUGGUCUCACAACUGGAGCUCUGGUGGCCAUACUGCUCUGUGUCAUUAUUCUCCUCAUGAUCGUGGUGCUGUUUGCUGCCCUGAGGAGACAGAGGAAGAAGGAGCCUCUGAUCAUCUCCAAAGAGGAUGUCAGAGACAAUGUUGUCAGCUACAACGAUGAAGGGGGCGGAGAGGAGGACACUCAGGCCUUUGAUAUUGGCACACUGCGCAACCCAGAGGUGAUGGAUGCUAACAAGCUACGCAGGGACAUCAUACCCGAAAUGCUGUUUCCCUUUCGGAGGACAUCACCUAUAAAGGAUAACACGGACGUCAGAGACUUCAUUAACGGGAGGCUUCAGGACAACGAUUCAGACCCCACAGCGCCCCCCUAUGACUCCCUGGCCACAUACGCUUAUGAGGGCAGUGGGUCACUGGCAGAAUCCCUCAGUUCACUGGAGUCCGCUGCCACUGAGGGGGACCAGGAUUACGAUUACCUCAGCAACUGGGGACCACAAUUCAAAAAGUUGGCAGAGAUGUACAUAGGGAAGAGCCCAGACAGAGAGACCUAG